AUUGGGGAGGGAGGGAGGGGAGGAAGGGAAUCCUCGGAGGGCGAGGGGCAUCUUCGGCAGCAGCAGCAGAGGAGAGAGGAGUGAGCGAGAGAGAUGGAGAUGGGGAGGGGGAGGGAGAGCUACAGAGGAUUUGAGCGAGAGAGCGUGGGUGGGAUCCCUUGGGCGUCGCCUCCACUGACUGACUGACCGACUUACUCGCUCGCUCGCUCGCUCCCUCCAUAGAUACAGCAUACAUACAGGAGCGCGGGGGGGUUUGAUUCACCACCGGUGAUCCGCCCAUUGGUGUCAGAGAGGAAGAAUUUUUUUCUGGCACUUUCGUCGUCUGUAGUUUUAAUAGUUUUUUUUGGCAAGUUUGCCUCAUCGGCGCCCCCUCUUCUAUCUCUCGCAUCGCGCUCCUGCUGCCUUCCUUCUCUCUUUCUCUCUCUCUCUGUCUCUCUCUCUCACUCACUCAGAGCCUGCGUCGUCCUCCGCGAAGGCGUCGGUUUCAUAUUUUUACUAGGACUACUCGUCGCUCCAUUUGACGCGGAAUCUGUGUCGCUCAUUCCCUCCCGUCCUCUUCCCUUCCUUCCACUUAUUCGCACCAGACGCUUUGGCACAGGUCUCGGACUUACUCUUGCUCUUCUCUAUGCGAGCAGAAGAAGGGCGAAGGAAGGCUAGCGUAGCGUAGCGCGGCUCGCAGGGCUGGGCUGGGCUGGGCUGGGCUGGUGGGCUUGCCCCCCCCUCCUCCCCUCGCUGCGGUGUUCAGUUUUAUCGCCCGAGGGCGUACAUCGCUGGUAUCAUACCUCUACGUUUAUUCCGCGGUCUUCAUCAUUUGAGCAGCUGCAUCUUUUUAUUUCUAUCUUGUUUGAGUGAGCGAGUAGCGAGCGCCAGGGCGAGUGUCAAUAGGGAGCGGAGCGAGAGAUUGAACCGUAGAGUGCGGGGAAGAGGGAGAGACCAAAGAGAGAGGGAGAGCGAGAGUGAGAGAGAGAGGCGAGAACGGAGCAGAGAAAAGCAUCUGAGUGAGUAUCUGGGAUUCUCGUCGUUGGUUGAUGAGUGAGCACUGGACAGGGUUCAUGUUUGCCGAGAGAUUUCGAGUCGUUGUGUUAAUCAGGAGGAAUCUUGACAGUUUGUUGAAGCAAGUGAGAGAAGUUCACAUACGACCGGGGCUUGUUUCGGGCUGGCUGUUGCAGAGUCCGUCGCAUUUCCGAGCAAGGUCGGACGAGAGAUCUGUGACAUGAGACUUCAGUUCUGCGCACUGCACUCGGAAGAGGACAUGGACCCUCUGACGGGCAAUAGUUCUAAGUAAUGUGAUUCUUGCGAACGCGGUAAUCCGCGAAAGGAAGUUCGGUUGGACCUUCUUGUGUAGGAGAUCAGGGUGUCAGAAACUGGGCCGUGUUCGAAAGAGGUAGCGGCUUUCGGAUAAAGAAGGAAGCUAACUUGACGGAGGAUGUACCAAAUGAAGAAGUAUUCAAAUACGUCGCUAGUACCUCAUCGAGGUCAACCAUCUUCCCAGCAGGAGAGAUCUAUGUACGGCGGCAGCCUUCCUGGGGAUGCAGGAGUAGUAACUUCUGCCGAUCCCAAACCACGUUUGCGUUGGACCCCGGAACUUCAUGAACGCUUUGUAGAUGCCGUGACUCAGUUGGGCGGAGCCGACAAAGCAACACCCAAGUCAGUCAUGAGGGUUAUGGGAGUGAAAGGACUCACUCUUUAUCAUCUAAAAAGUCAUCUCCAGAAAUAUAGGCUGGGAAAGCAGCUACACAAAGAGGUCAAUGUAGAAACUAUCAAAGACCAAGGGUCCUCGGAAGGACAAGGGCCGAGCUCUGGGACUGCCACUGAUUGUGUUAUUACUCAGAAUCCAAAGGAGAGUUUGCAGAUUACAGAAGCUUUGCGGUUGCAGAUGGAGGUACAAAAAAGAUUACAUGAGCAACUUGAGGUGCAAAGACAUCUUCAACUCCGCAUUGAGGCCCAAGGCAAGUAUCUGCAGUCUAUUUUGGAGAAAGCCCGGGAGACGUUGGCCGGUCACACCGCAGCUUCGCCAGGCCUAGAAGCUGCGCAUGCCGAGCUCUCGGAUUUGGCAUCAAAAGUGACCACCGAAAAUCUAAGUCCAGCAUUCUCCUUGACUGGAGUACCUUCUAUGAGUAUGCCAUCCUUAACGGUUGCUGAGUUGUCAGUUCGUGGAGGUGAGCAGCAAUGCGGUGGGGUGCCGCAUCAACUUUCUUCUCCAAACCCCCAAUCUCGUCUUUCAGACUGCUCAUCGCAGAGCUACCUCACAAGUCUUGCCUGCAGUGGGAACCCCGACGGCAACGAGCCGAGCGAUCAAAAGCAAAACACCGGGAAACUACCCGGCUGAUAUGGGUCCAUCCCACUUCACCAAUACUACUUCCAAGGCGGUGGACAGGCCUCUUGAUUUGAAUUCCGCCAGAGAGGAGGGAGCCCGAGGCAGAGAGCUUGACUUGAAUGUCUUUGGAUGGGAUAGGUGAGUCAAUCCCUUUUUUCUCUGUGCAUUGUAUAUCUAUAACUUCCAAAGGGAAGCUUUUCUCUGCAGCCCCUCUGUCUCCUCUUUCUCCUUCCUACCUCCUGUUUCUUUCACUUUCUCUCUUCCUCUCUUUGUAAGAUUACAAUCCCAGACUGCCGAGAUCAUUUCCAGAUCUUCACAAAUGCUCAGCAGAGCAUGUCUAAGUUGUACAUAUGGCUUGUAGGUGUGUAAGAUUCAAGGUGAUUUAAUCCCAUCUUUUCAAAAUUUAUUCAAAUGUUCUGUCAAACUAUUCUGUGUCUUUCGUAUGGAUAAAUAAAGAAGUACGUUGCCCUCACCCGCCCUCUUCCGAUCCGCGGAAGCUCUCUUACUGCCUAACUCUGUACCAUCCAUACAUAUCUCAUCUCUCCUGGCGGUGUUAGCAUUCCACCCAUGUACAUUACGCAGCAACUGGAAGUGCUCAUUUGUAAAAGAUUCCACCUUAAUAGAUGUGUCGCUAUUGUUACCGAGCUUCACUUUUCAUCUUUG